GGAGAGAGAUGGACAGAGAAGAGAGGGUGAGAGCAACAGAGAGAGCAGAGGAUGUGACCGUGUCCCAAGUAUUGAGGAGAAAGGAAUACGGGGAUAGAUUCAGCAAGAGAGGGAAUGUGCUGAGGAGAGCAGAGGGAGAGAGAGAGACUGAAGUAGAGUUUGAUGAAGAUGUGAUAAGGAUACAGUUCCAGGAGAGAGAGCGAAGGAUGGGAAUAUGUGCAACUGAAGAUAAAGGGGGGGAGGGAGAUAGGAGAAAAUUAGGCAACAGGGAGAAGGAUAAAGAAAAGAGGGAUAGGACAAGAGAGGGUAUGGAGAUGGUAAGAGAUAGAGAGAGGGUAAGGAAUGGAGAUGGUUUGAGAGGGGUGGCAUGGAGACGAGUGGGAAGGAAGAUUGGGAGAUAAAGAUUGAGCAAAAGGAGAGGUGGAAGGGGGGGAGUGUAAUGCAUGGAGACCAGAGAGGAACAAAUAAGUACAGUACCUGCCAAUGGAUGCAGGUGGGAGGUGGUUGAGUGAGUCGUGGGUGAGAUGGAAAUAUGAAAAUAAUGGGGUGAAUAAGUGGGAUAGAUAGACACUUGGCAAGUGCACGUAAAUUCUGAAAAAUGUAAAGCAGUAAAUUUUGGUAGUUAGAAUGGUGAAUAGAGUGGAGAGAACUUGAUAUGCAAAGGCUUAGUUCCCUAAGGAAUCUUGUGCAAGUGUGGGUGUAUAUGGUUAUGGGAAAAGGCGUGGAAUUAUAAGUCCUUGGUUCAGCUACGGAUAAAUUAUUGUGUAUAAGUUUUGGUACCCCAUAAUAGGAAGGAUAUAAAAGGUGUUUCUAGGGACAAGUGAGAGGAGGGGUGAGGGGAAACUUGAGAAUUUAGGAUUCUCUCCGCUCGGGCUGAGAAGGUUAAAGGUAUAAGUAGGGGAGAGUAACUGAAAGGGAGGUAGGGCAUCCGGUGUUAAGGGUGACUUGAUGGAGGGAAAUGAGAGGUGGAUGGUGUCAGGGCAUUCUGUGUAAUUCAGGGAGAGAAAUUGAGAGGGAGAUGGGUGUAAGGACAUCCUGUACAAACAGGAAAGAGUAAACUGAGAGGGAGACAAGAUGUAGGGACGUGCAAUGUAAGUAGCAGAGAGCAAUUGAGAGGGAGAUAGGUGCAGCAGCAUCCUGUAUAAGCAGGGGAAAGUAUCUUAGAGGGAAAACAGUAUAAGGGGAUCCUAUGUAAGGGAGAGAGUAAUUCCGAGGUAGAUGAGUGUAGCGGCAUUGUAUACAAGUAGGAAAGAAAACUGAAAGGUAGAUAGAUAAAAGCAUCCUGUGUGAAUUUAAACAGUAAUUGAGAGGGAAACGAAUGUACGGGCAUCUUGUGAAGCAGGAAGGAGUAAUUGAGAGGGAAAUGGGUGUAAGCAGAAAAGAGUAACCGAGAGACAGGUGGUUGCAAGCGCAUCUUGUGUAAUUAGGGAGAGUGACUGAAAAGAAGUGUAGGGCAUCUGGUGCAAGGAGGGGAGAAUAACUGAGUGAGAUGGUUAUAGGGGCAGCCAGUCUGAAUGAGUAACUGAGGGAGAUGGGUUUACGGGCAUCCUUUGUAAGGAGGGGGUAUCCUGUGUAAGGCAGUAAUGCAGAGGGAGAUGGAUUUAGGAGCUCUGUGUGUAAAGUAGAAAAGAGUAACUGAGUGGGAAGUCGAUGAAGGGACAUCCUAUGUAGGGAAAACUAAUAGAGAGAGAGAGAUAGUGUAGGUGCAUUGUGUGUUAGGAAAAAGUAACUGAGUGGGAGAAGUAACCGAUAGGGGCAUCCUCUGCAAGGAGCGGAGAGUAAUUGAGAGGGAAAUUGGUGGUGGAAUUCUGUUCAAUCAGAGUAACUCAGAGGGAGGGAGGUGAGUAGAAGGUCAUCAUGUGCAAGCAGGAAAGAGUGGAAGGUUGAUGGGUGUAGGGGCAUCCUGUGUAAACAGGUAAGAGUAACGGAGAGAAAUGGGUGUAGGGAAAUCCUGCGUAAAUUGACAAGAGUAACUAAGAGUUACUCAGAGGUAUUGGGCAUCCUGUGUAAGCAGGAAAGGGUAAUUGAGAGAGAAUGGGUAGAGGAUCAUCCUGUGUAAUCAAGAAAGAGUACCUGAGAGGGAGAUGACUGUAGGGGCAUCCUGUGUUAGUUGGGGAGAGUAACCGAGAGGGAGAUGGGUGCAUGGGCAUCCACUGUAAGCCAUGGAGAUGAGUUAAGGAACUUCCUGUGUCAGGAGGGGAGAUAAGUAUAGGGGCAUCCUGUGUAAGAAGUGAGAGUUACAGAGAGGGAGAUAGGCGUAGCAGUGUCCUGCGUAAGCAGAAAGAAUAAGCUAGAGGGAGAUGGAUGCAGGUAAAUUAUGUGAAAGCAGGAGAGAAUAACAGAGAGAAAUGGCAGUAGGGGAAUCCUGUGUGAACAGGAAAGAGUAACAGAGAGGGAGAAGAAUGUCGGGCAUCCUGUUUAAGCAGGAAUGAUGACUGAAAGGCAGAUGGUUGUUGGUGCGUCCUUUGUAAGAGUAACUGACAAGGAAAUGGGUGUUGAGGCAUUGUGUGUUAAGUGGGAGAAUAACCGGAAGGGAGAUGGGUGAAGGGGCAUCUUGUGUAAAAGGAAAGAGUAAAAGGAGAAGAGUGUGAGGGGCAUUCUGUAUAAGCAGUGGAGAGUGACCGAGGGAAAUGGCUGUAAGGGAAUCUUGUGUGAACAUGAAAGAGCAAUAGAGAGGGAGAUGGGUAUAAGGGCAUCCUGUUUAAAAAGGUAAAGUAAUAGAGGGAUAUGGGGACAUCCUGUAAGCAGAGAAGAAGAUGGGUUAAGGGGCAUGCUGUGUAAGCAGGAAAGAUUAGCUGAGAGGGAGAUGAGUGUAGGGGUGUGCUGAGGUAGCCGGGGAAUGAAGACAGAAGAAAUUGCUGGAAAUAUACUGUGUGUGAAUCGGAGAGUAAGAAGAGUGGGAGAAAAAGGGAGAUUUGGAAAAAUAAGGGAAAGAAAAUGAAGAGGGAGGAAAGCAAAGUAGAAGAGGAAAAUUGUACCAGAUUAGCGAUUAGAGAACAAACAAAGUCUGGAGCAAAGAAAGAGAAGCAGGAGUUGUUUUGAUGCCGGGAGCUGAGAAGAGGUGAGGGAUGAGUCAGGAAUGAGGGAAUGAGUGGAAUACAGAGUCUGUGAAUAGCCAAGUGUGUGGACAAGUCAAAAGAAAGGAUUGUAGCAAAUCCUUGUGAGAGAUGCACAUAUGUGGAUGCUUAUAGAUAUUCCAAGAGCUUAUCAUUGCUGUUUUGGAGACUAUGUCUCGCAGGACAAAAACCUAGCCUUGGAGAGGAAUACAAUUGGAAAUGGUUUGCAGGCUGAGGCAAGGUGUGUGUACGACAAACCUGGUUAAGAAGGUGCCAUUAUGAAAUGUCCUGUCUUUUGAUGUCGUAUAACAUGAACUGCACUGACUGUAACGUGACCAGGUUGAGCAGCUCGGCCAUGGGGAAGAUGUUGGGACCCAGUGGGAUUGGACCCAAAGAUCGAAUGGGGCAAAUUGUAUUGAGCCACACUGGGGUUGAAACCAACAAAGACUGCAAGUAUAGCAAAGAGAGGACAGCUGAUGGCAAGAGCAAAAAGGAAUAUUUUAUUAGAAAGACAUACCCAUUGCGAAAACGUCUUCAUACUCAGGAAAGUGACUUGUCCAGUCCAGUUACUAAAGAACUUGAAGGAGCAUCUAUCCGAGGUGUACCGGAUGGGGCGAGCUCUAUGCAGAUAGUCGAGCAAUGGGAUUGUGUAAAUAAUAAAAGCCGACUUCGAGGGGAGACGCCAGAGGUGGAGAGGAACAAAGAGACUGGAAAGGAGAAUGAGAAACUGCGUUCCACAAAAUUGACAGUCUUGGAUUUGUACAGUGGAGAGCCACGGCCACGAAGGCUGGCCAGUUUGAAUGCAGAAGCAGUGAACAACCUGCUUCUGGAGCGGGAGGACUGUGCCCUGUCGAGCAGGCGUUGCCGCAGAGAUCCCGGCAGAGUGGUGGCCAAAUGCAGCUCGGAGCACACUCAGACUCGGGCCAAAGGCAGCACAUGUUCCUCGGAGGUACAUGUUGGGCUCCGGAAAUCUACAGUCAAAGGAGGACUUCCUGCUAAAAGAUGUACAAACCACUCUGAGAGCUCUUCAGAAGGAGAUGUUUUUGUUGAGAGCUAUCCUGCAUUAGAGAGCAGAUCUGCCCAGCUGCCGGUGAAAAAACGCAUGGCUAGUCUGAACGCAGCUGCAUUCUUGAAAUUGACCCACACAAAGGAUUAUUCAACAAAACGACGUAGCCGGUCAGAUAGCGAUGGGAAACUGACCAAGGCAUCAAACGGCGUGAGCCUUCACUGUGUGCACCCAGUGAGUAAACGUUGCACAAAAACAAAAAAGAGAGACCUAGGGAGAACAGCAACUGAACGUCACCAACGCAGGAGCUGCAGCACCUCUGAGGACAGCAAGGUCCCUGUGAGGAAAGGGGAACCUCUUGUCUUGGGGCAGAGUGCUGCUAGAUUACCAUCUAGAACAGACUCAUCCUCCCCCUAUACAGACAAGGCCGGUGGUUAUCUCCAUCGAUUGUCAGUGAUUAUGGGAGGGCAAGCCACAGUUCAGCCUCCAUAUCAGACAACAAAGGAGACAUCUCCUACACCAAGUGCAGAGUUUAUGCAACAAAUGACAACUCCAUUUCCCCCUCACCCAACAAUGACUGUCCUGGGUAAUUUAGUGCCUGGUCUGGAUCACUACCCGUUCUUGUCUCCUGAAAUGUGCUUAACUUCUGCAGAAGAUAAUAUCUACCGACACUAUGAUAAAAAUGAUUUGUCGCCAAAUGGAUGUAAUCCUUCACAAAACUGUUGGGUAUACCCGCCAUCUUUUCCCUAUUGUCCUCAGUUGAAUGAUGAAGGAAGCCUCCUUAUCUCUCAGAGUGCUGUUCCCUCAGGUAUCCCUUUCCCUCACGCUCCAUGUGGAGACUCCCCAUGUUAUUUAGGAGACACGGCAACUGUGCAGUGCAUGGGGAUGCCAGGAUACAUGUGCAGAAUGCUUAAUCCGCCACUAAACAGGGAUACUGCCUUAAGGACUUCACCCUCUGGAAGAUCAAGCCGUCAUCAAAAGAUAGCGAUCAAAUCAGACCGGUAUAAGUCCUUGGAGCCACUCAAUGUAACUAUCCCAGUUGCAGGUCACCCAGUCUCCCCAGCGAAUCCACUCUCAGGUUGCCCAGUUCCUACAGCACCUCCUACUGCAGAACCAGUUCCUUACCUGCAAGGUCCUGGCUCGGACCCUCCAGCAACUUCACAGCCCCACAUGUUGUCCAUGCUGAAGCUUGCCAGGGAGUGUCCACAGCGUUCCAAACCUCCCAGCGGUUCCAAAUCCAACCUCCGCAACUCAACCUGUGCACAUACUCAGCGGAGCAAAUCGGCCACUGAGCACUCUGAGAGAAAACAUCAGAGAAUUAGCAGGAGAAGAGCCACCAAUGGCUGGCGUCCAGUGGGAGAACCCUAUGAGAAACCUGUCUACGUCGUGGGUGAAGUGGAGCUUGUGAUUCGGAAGUGCUACCCGGCUGUGGCAAGGGAUGGAGAAGUGAUCAAGGUUCGGGACACGGUGUUACUGAAAUCAGGGCCCAGAAAGAAAUCCAUUCCUUAUGUUGCCAAGAUUUCUGCACUUUGGGAGGACCCAACAACAGGGGAGCUUACAAUGAGCCUUUACUGGUACUAUAGGCCUGAACACAUCCAGGGAGGCAGAAAUCCCAGUCUUCACUGUGAGAAUGAAAUCUUUGCUUCACGGCAUCAAGAUGAGAACAGCGUGGCUUGCAUUGAGGAGAAGUGCUAUGUCCUGACCUUCUCAGAGUACUGCAGAUUUUGUGCCUUGAUUAAACGGCGAGAGGAAGGUACAUCAGAUCACAGGUUGAUCGUGCCAACCUCUGAAGCCUACUCUACUCCUUCUCACCGUAAGGUGCCAGAAAACACCGACCCAGAUCUUGUCUUCAUCUGCAGACAUGUCUAUGACUUCCGGUAUGGCCGGAUUCUCAAAAACCCGCAAUAGCUACCGCACUUCCCGGAUCAGAGGACUCUGGCUUCGAGAGAAACAAAUGCAUUUACAAAUGGAACUGCUCAAUUUGACUGGGAGGUAUAUUCCACACACGCUUCCUGAUCAACCGACCGCAGACUUACUUUUGCCUUAUGUACAUAGAUUAGAGGAAUUUUAGACUGUACCUAAAUCAUGCCGACUGGAUACCAAAGGAUAGUGACUGAUUCUGAAAACUGGGCUCCUAGGAAGCAGCGCUGGUUUUUUGCACUAACCAAUUUGAAGCGUAUCACCACACGAGUCACUUUCUCAUCCGCCAUUCUUCAUCACCACUAACUCCCAGCCCAAUCUCGCCCCAGCCAAGCCAUCGCAAAUCCCUUUUAGAAAUUUUAAAAGUUUAAAAAAAUUUUUUUUUUUUAAAAAUGUGCACUUAUUCCUAAUAGAUUUAUCUCUUGAAUGAACUUUGACCCAAUUUCCAUGUUGGCAGAUGUUGAAGGCCGACACUUAAAUGUUUACGUCUGAAUUGGGAUAACAUUCCAAAUUCUCUCCUUUUUUUGAAAGAAUUAAUUACUUGUUGGAAUUCAAAUUUCAAAAAAAAUUUAUUGAGUUAUGCGGGAAAAAAAAUUAAUAUAUGAUUUAAGUUUGAUAGCUAUGUUGAAGAGCUUGUUUUUUUAAAAUGUUCAUUUCCUGAUGGUGUCCUUUUUGUUUUCACUUGAAAAGUUUCAUGUUCCAAGUGUUAGGCCAAGAGGCCAGUUAGAAUUAAAGUUGUUUCUCGGGUAAAAAGCUUGUUUUUGCCGCUGUUCUUAAAUAGGCAAAGAUAAAGUGUCCAUCUCUUGUUACAAGUACAUCCAUCUUCACACCCCUGUUCUUUUCCAAACCCUGAUAUCACCACCACUGUUGACUUCCAGUUCAGUCCUAACACUACUGUUUUUUUAAAAAAAGAUUUAUUGAUGAAAGGGGAACUCAACAUGCAAAGCCCUGAAAAUCCAGCACAAGCUCGUUACAUCUGCUUCUCUCUGAGUGAUAAGAAUGUGUUGUAUUACAAGAGAAUAUGUUGAUGGGAGUGGUGAACACAUAAUGGGGCUUAGUUUUACAUUGGUGGGGAAGCUGCUCCUUCGAAUGGUUUAGACACAGGGUGAUCCAACUAACGGCCCACAUUUCACCCGCCCAUCCGUCCCUCCAUAACCUGUAGAUGUUAUGCUAUGUUUCUGGAAGAGAAACACCCAAAUAUUGCUUAUGGGGCCCACGGAUGUUUCUUGAUUAGGGCAUCUGGCCCCAAGCAGCCAAAAGGUUGUUUCACCCUGGUUUAGAGAAUGGAAAGGAGCUUGUGCUGGGUGUAUUUCACCCAUCAGAAUAGCAAUUAGACAUAAAUACAUUUAUGGAACGAAGUUCAGCUUGUUACACAAGGAUAUCAAUCUUUGCUGACAACUUGAUGGUGGUACAGGAUAUUCAGGAUGUUGUAAGAAGCCAUAUUAUUCAUUAGC